GGCUGCUUUGCACGACGCUAACAGACUCCUCGUUUGCUCGCUUGUUCGCCUCCUUCGGUAUUUCAACACUGUUUGCUAACAAGUUGUUGUUGCUUUGACAUUUCAUAAAAGUGAUCAACAACAUCAUUCUUUAUAAGUCUUGUAGUUGCUGAUAAUUCUAUAUUUGCAUAUGCAUUUGUGCUGUUGCCGUUCCUCCUUCAUCACGCACUCUCGGUUUACCUCUCGACUUGCGUUUCUUAUCCGUUGUUUAUCCAUCCAAAAGUCAUUAACUUCAAAAUCAACGCAUUCAGUUCCUCAGCAACGUUGGAAAUUGUCACUUUGCUGUGUCCAUUUCGAAGCAGCUUCAAUAGAAUAGCACGUGUAAAUUUAAUUGUGGUUCAAGCAAAGAAAUUUUAGGUCUGAAAUAUUUGUGAAAAAUGUGUGCGAGGGUAGGAAUUGAAGUUUAGACUUCAUUUUGAUAAAUUUGAAAAUCAAAAAAUGAAAAAAUUACCAAAAAUACUAUAAAAAGUUAAAAAAAUAGUAUAAACGUCUUAUAAAAGAAAAUUUAAAAAAUAAUAAAUUUGUGUGUCAAGUGUUAAGUUGAAAGUGUGUUUAUUGUAAAACAAAAAUAUUUAUAUACAUAUGUAUAAAUAAAGUUACAUCUCUAAAGUGAAUUAAUACUAAGAUUAUUGAACCCUACAGAAGCCUACUAGCUUUGUCUUGCCCAAAAGCCGUAGCUAUUCCCUCAAGAAAUAUUAAAAGGCAAAAUAAAUUAAAAGAAAAAAAAAUAUAUCGAAAACAUUUAUUAUUGCUUGCUGUUUUGGAUAUUUGCUAUUUUCCAAUCAACUUUUGGUUUAAUUAAAAUAAAAAACACAAAAGAAAAUAAAAAUAAUAGUUUAAAAAUUAAGUUCUCGCUCAUUUUCAAGAGAAAAUUAUAUAAAAAGUGCUAAAGCAGAAUGUCGAAGAAGGAAGAUACACCGUUUGUCAUCGACUUCAAACCGAACACGGCUUCAAAGUAUGGCGCCGCCGAUACAGCUGCCAGUAGCAACUUAACGACCAGUUGCUCCAACACGCCCACCACAACGAGAGUUAGCAAUAUCAAUAAUAAUGCGGAGCGUACACCAUCCACCAUGUAUGUGUUGCAUGGACGUGAGCACAUUGAAUUGCGCGAUCAUUGCCAUCGUCAACGAACCGAAGGUGUGGACUUGAAGGCUCGUAAGAAACUGAUCAUCGCUAGUGUCUUGUGUUUAGUCUUUAUGGUCUGUGAGAUUAUUGGUGGCAUUUUAUCGAACAGUUUGGCAAUUGCAACAGAUGCCGCUCACUUACUAACAGAUUUUGCCAGUUUUAUGAUAUCAUUGUUUGCCAUCUGGAUAGCUGGGCGACCAUCAACACAGCGCAUGUCUUUCGGCUGGUAUCGCGCCGAGGUUAUCGGCGCCAUGGCCUCGGUCGUGAUGAUUUGGGUCAUUACAGCCAUACUGGUUUGGUUGGCCGUGCAGCGUUUGAUUAAUCGUGAUUUUGAAGUGAACGCCAAGAUUAUGCUGAUUACAUCUGCUUUAGCGAUUUUGGUUAAUUUGAUCAUGGGCAUACAGCUGCAACAUGGUCACACGCAUGGCGGUAUGUCUAGCUCGCAUGGCCACAGUCACGGUGGCAAGUCAAAGAAGCAGAAGAAGGGCAAGAAAGCUGCUAAUUUGCAAGUGGAUGUCAGUGAGGAGAUCAGCGGUAGCCUAGCGCUCUCCACCGCCACUAUUAAACCUGUUGCGAGUAGCGAAAAACGCUUUGUAGCCGGUCCAACGUGUACACCCACAGGUCACUGCUCGCUACCACCAACGCAGCGGCCGCUGGAAGCUGGUGCUGCAGAACUUGACUUGAACACCAAUGAUGCCGUUAUGCCUGUCUCCGGCUUGUCCACGUUCUCUUAUCAGAAUUCUACAACGGCGAGGGAAGUGCGCGCCGAGAUUGCGGCGAUCAUGGCUGAGACCGCGCCGGGUACACAUCAUCAUGGCGGUGUGGCGUCACGUGAGGCGGAGAAUUUGAAUGUACGCGCCGCUUUCAUACACGUUGUGGGCGAUAUGAUACAGAGUGCGGGUGUAUUUGUAGCCGCUUUGGUGAUUUUCUUCCGUCCGGAUUGGGCGAUUGUUGAUCCAGUUUGCACCUUCAUUUUCUCGAUCAUUGUGCUCUUCACGACAUUUACGAUCAUGAAGGAUGCGCUCUUGGUUUUAAUGGAAGGUACACCCAGUUAUAUGCACUACGCCGAGGUCCUUGAAGUCUUCGAGCAUAUUGAGGGUGUGAGACGUGUGCAUAAUUUGCGUAUUUGGGCGUUGAGCAUUAAUAAAGUCGCCCUCUCCGUACAUUUGGCAAUCGCACCCGAAGCGAAUGCCAAACGCAUUUUGGAAGAGGCCAGCACCGCAGUUCAUCGCCGCUAUAAUUUCUUUGAGACGACCAUACAAAUCGAGGAGUUCACACCGCAAAUGGAGAACUGUCAGCAGUGUUGUGUGCCAGUCACGUAGACGCGGCGAGCCACCAGCAAUGCUGUAGAGUGGGUGCAAGCCACAGUGCUGAGUUGUGAAGCUCAAUUUUUCUAAUGCCAUUUAAUAUACAUACGCCUACAUAUAUGUUUGUAAUCUGUAUUUAGUUAUAAAUGGGAGGAAAAAAGUUUUUGUUUUGUAACUUUUUGCUUGUACGGACUUUUCCGUCGUCUGUGUCUGCCGUUGUAUAGCCAAUUUUUGUGGUUUUCAAUUACAUUUCACAUUCUUUAUUUAAUGUGUGCUUGAAAGCGGUAGUUCGAUACAACGAAUUUCAAUUAAAUCGUUCCAGUUUCUCGUUUUUCUUGUUUUCCCAUACUUAGUUUUAAAAUUAUAAUAUAGGGUUAAAGACACUUAUGUAAGUGCAAAAACUUCCAAGUUUACAUUAAAAUUUUAUUGUAAUUAAAAUAUUAAAUAAAAUAUAAUUUUGCCUUUUUGGAAAA